AAUUUCAUAUAGGCCUACAGUUUACACCUUCCCCAUUAUUUGUCAAACUUAUAUAACUUGCCCCUCCUUUUAGUAACUUUUACUGAGUUUUCCCUCAUUUCGUCCACUCCAAGUACACUACACUCUACAGGCUUUUGAAGCACUGAUGGCUUGGGGACCUAUCAUUUUCGGUGUGGUCCAUCCACACAUUGGUGGUAUCUUGGGAGGUAUUGUUACAAGGAAGGAGAUAGAGUCAUGGUAUAGUUGCAUCAAGAAGCCAUGGUUUACUCCUCCAAACUGGGUAUUCGGGCCUGUGUGGACAUCCUUGUACACAGGAAUGGGUUAUGCCUCCUACCUGACCUGGAAGGACGGUGGUGGCUUUGGUGGUGAAGCCAAAACUGCUCUCGCACUGUAUGGCUCUCAGCUUAUGCUUAACUGGAUGUGGUCACCUGUCUUUUUUGGAAAGCAUAAAAUAAGGCUUGGUGCUGUCAUCCUCUGGGCAACAUGGGGAACUGCUGCAGCCACAGGUUACAAGAUGUAUGCUAUCAACCCAACUGCUGGCUAUCUCAUGAUUCCAUACAUGGUCUGGCUGACCCUUGCUGGGGCAAUCAACACAUGGGUUGCAAUGAACAACUCAGUUGAAAUGGAAGAAUAGCUUCUUUAGCCAAAUAGAUUAGUAAGGACCUAUCUACCGGACUCUAUAUUUAUAAAACAUUACUGUUUGAAUUUUGUUAUCUUGUGGUUUUUAGUUGACCGACCCUUAUCGCAAUGGCACUGUGUUUGCCUGUUCGAGUCUAGCUGUUGAUUUGGAAUCCAAUAAACCCAUUUGGAUUAAAUUAAAUUACCAUAUUUUAUGGUGCCCUAUACAGGUAAAACGAGCUCUAAGGCACUUUACAUUGGUAAAACACUGGUGUAAAACAUAAGAAAUUUAAAACAAUGGUAAUAAAGGAAAAUAUAAAAAAAACUAGAGCACUUUACAUUAGUAAAACAUUGGUGUAAAACAUAAGAAGUUUAAAACAAUAGUAAUGAAGAGAAAUAUAAAAACUAAGACUUUACCCAUUUAAAAAAUAUUUGGAAAAUAAAUGAGUUUUGAUGGCCCGCUUAAAGUCACUGACUGCCUCUAAGGUUCGUAUUUGCUCAGGGAGACCAUUGAACAGUACGGGACCAGCAACAGCAAAAGAUCGGUCACCCAGCUUUUUAGUCUUAGAGGGCACAGAGAGGGUUAGACUCGACGCUGAUCGAAGUGAUCUCGAUUGGACUCUUGAGGUACCCGGUCAUCAGGAUUAAUGUAUAACCAAUGAACAACACCUGUACUUUAAACUGACUGCUUUUCACACCUCAUUAUUUUGAUCUUCCAUUUCGAGAAAGGGACAGAAGAAAAUUACAUUUUCCUAAUUUUUAUUUAUUUAUCUAAAAAGAACUACCCUGAAGGCAAGGAAGGACAGCCCACUACAAGAUAACUUAAGCUGGCACACUUCAUCAUUUUGGCAAAUAUCAAUUUGUGUAUAUAAAUAUUGACCUGUGAAUGACUUGGGCCUAUAUCAGUAAUCUAUUUAAGUUUUCAUAUUAUUGUCAUUGUAUAUGCACUGCAACUGUCCCAUGGUAUCAUUUUAUGGUGCCACAAUCGGGUAAUCAAGUUUAGAGGGCUUUGACUAUUGCAUCAUCAAAUGGUGUAUUUUUCUUCUUCUCCAGAGUUGUGAUUUAUACUGAAAAAAGUGCUCUUCCAUUGAGAGAUUGUAAACGUUAAUAAAAUUUACUCUUUAUAAUUUAA